CGCCUAAAGCCAAAUCCCUGGGCUCAUCAUCGACAUCCUUUGAACUUCAGUGUCCGUCAUCGGUUUACUAUUUCACUAUUCCAAGAAUGCUGAAACGACAAAGAGCUCCUUCUCCUCCUCCGUCAUCUUCAUCCAAUGUUCCUCUCAUAUUCGAUUCCACGCCUGUAGAAAAUGCACGCAGCACAAAGCGAAGACGAACGCAGCCGCCCGUUCUCGAUGGCCAGAUGAGAGGCUGGGGCACACCGCAGGACGUGUUGUACGAAACUUCAGACCGCGAAGAAGACGAUGGUGAAGAAAAUCUCGUUGAUGACGACCAGUUAUAUUCGGCUCCGGAUAUAUCAGGCGGUGCUAAUCCAAACUCACCGUACAAAUCAGCCAACGGAUUCUUGCAUGAACUACACACUCUACAACGUCAUAGGCUGUCCAUGCUUAUAAUCCUCAUCUUUACCCUCCUGGAAAAGGUCUAUCUCAUCCAAUCAGCCCUCCUACUUCAGGACACGCUCAGAGUCAGCAGGGUCAUUACGAAGAAAAGAAUAGAUUAUUAGGUUCGGUGGUUCUCUCUCGACGACGAGAAUUGGAACAAAGGCUUCAAAAUAACUAUGAUACUUGACUUAUGACUUCACUGAUUCCUUCUACACUCACCAUCAUCAUGUCCUUGCGCACACCAUUCCUAUUGCAUACACACUGUACAAUAA